GUCUACGGAGAAGACUGUGAACAUCAUUUGUUCUUCAUCUGUCGCGGGUUUGGACCUCUGGACUACCGCCUGGUGCCGGAGUCCAGGACCUGGAACGAGGCGCAGCGGUUCUGCCGGGGGCAGCAAGCCGGCCUGGCCACUUUCCCCGGCGGCAUCCUGGGGACGAUGGUGGAGGUGGACCUGGAGACGCUGGACUUCCCCGUCUGGACCGGCCUGCACAGAGACGGUGGGGGGUGGAGGUGGAGCGGGGGCCUGUCGGCCUACAGGAGGUGGAGGGGGGGGGAGCCGGGGGCCGGCGGGGGGUGCGCCUCCAUCUCCUCCGGGGGGAAGCAGAUGGAGGCGCGGGACUGCGGCGCCCGCCUCCCCUUCGUGUGCGUGGCGGAGAACGUGGUGCUGGUGCGGGAGAACCGGAGCUGGGAGGGGGCGCUGGAACACUGCCGGGGGCUCGGCCAGGACCUGCUCAGCCUGCAGCCGGGCCCGGAGCACCGGUACGUCAUGACCAAGGUGGCCCAGGCCCACAGCCAG